AUGGGCGUGCAGGAAAUGCGCUCCUCCGAGAUCGGCCUCAAAGCCGGCAUGCCGCCCCACCUCGUGCAGCUCAUCGAAAGGAUUCGGAAGCAGGGGGCGGUGGCGACGGAGCGCCGAGCCUCCACGGGAGGUUUCUACAACGCCUCCUUCUUCUCCUGGCAGUCGAUCAGGAAGAAAGCGGUGCGAACCAAGGCCCUCCGGUACAUCGGCGGGAUCUACGAGUAUGUAGUGGACGUGCUGGUGCUUGCCUAUGCGCUGACCUUGGGUUUCGAGGUUCACUAUACAAGCCGAGACAAAGAGCAGCCUGGGUGGGUGUACCCCGUUGAGAUGGCCUUUUGCAUCAUCUUCGGCUUGGACAUCGUCCUUCGAUUGGUCGUG